UUCCUUCAUUGUUCCUGCAGCCCUACAACACUUAAAUCUCAAUCGGGCAUAAAGCCAGUAUAAAUAAUUCCUCUGAUCUGACAGAUGCUCUAAUUUAUUGUCACUAAAGAUUUUGGCUGUUGACAUCUUCUUGGAUCACAGUACUGACUCUUCUUCUUUGUGACUGUGAACAGAUCAAGCAAAUGCCUUGCUUAAGUGAAGCAAGCCGCGGAGCAGGCCCGGAUUCCAGCAAAACAACAGAAACAAUGCAACCUGCACAGAGGGGUGAAAUCUCCACACAGCACUACCAUGAGUCUGAGAAGCAAGCACAGCAGCCGUAAAGGACUGCGUGUGUCUCCAGGGGGAUUCAGCAGCAUGUCCAUGGGAUCCUAUUCCAUCCCUAAAAUGAGCACUGGGGUUAACCAUGCCCAGAUUACACCAGUGACCAUCAACAAGAGCCUGCUCACCCCUCUGAAGAUAGACAUCGACCCCAGAAUCCAAGCUGUUCGCACUCAGGAGAAAGAGCAGAUCAAGACUCUCAACAACCGCUUUGCCUCUUUCAUUGAUAAGGUAAGAUUCCUGGAGCAGCAGAACAAAAUGCUAGAAACCAAGUGGAAGCUGCUGCAGCAGCAGACUGCCACCACCUCUAAAGUUGAGCCUAUGUUGAAGUCGUACAUCAGCAAUCUGCAAAGACAGCUGGAAAUUGUCAACAAUGACAAGCAAAGGCUUGACAUAGAAAACAAUGUCAUGCACAAAAAUGUGGACGACUACAGGACAAAGUAUGAGCAAGAGAUCAACAAGAGGAAUGAUGCAGAGAAUGAGUUUGUCAUGCUCAAAAAGGACGUGGAUGCAGGUUAUUUGUCCAAGGUCGAACUUCAGGACAGAGUGUCUUAUACCAACGAUGAAUUUAACUUCCUCAAGGCUCUAUAUACUGCGGAGCUCCAAGAGCUGCAGGAGAGCCUGAAGGACACCUCUGUGGUGGUGCAGAUGGACAACUCUCGUGGCCUGAACAUGGAUCACAUCAUGUCUGAGGUCAAGGCUCAGUAUGAGGAAAUUGCUGCACGCAGCCGCGAAGAAGCCGAAAACUGUUACAAGAGGAAGUUUGACCAGAUGUCUGCCGAGGCUAACCAGUAUGGUCACGAGCUGCGUAGCUCCAAAGGGGAAAUAGCUGAGCUCAACCGAAAGAUCAACCGUCUACAGAAUGAGAUCCAGGCUGUAAAGGGACAGCGUACCAACCUUGAGGGCCAGGUAACCGAAGCAGAGAGGCGCGGGGAAGCAGCCGUGCAGGAUGCCAAGGCUCGCAUCAGGGACCUGGAGCUGGCUCUGCAGAGGGCCAAACAGGAUAUGGCUCGGCAGCUCAGAGAGUACCAGGAGCUCAUGAAUGUGAAGCUGGCCCUGGACAUAGAGAUCUCCACCUACAGAAAACUGCUGGAGGGAGAGGAGGGAAGACUUGGAAAGGAGUCUGUUGUCAACAUUGUAACAGUGCCAACCAAAACUAAGCAAACCAACCUAGUUCACAACCAGCAGCAGCGAAGAUCAGGCCCAGUUCUCAUCAAGACGGUGGAGACCCAGAACAUAUCGUACAACUAAAGCAGAAAACACACUGCAGUACAUUAACCUACUGGAUCACUUAAGCCUUUCACCUUUAAAUUAAUCUCUUUGUAAGCUACAAUACUGCACUGAUGAGCCAAAUGUGUAUGUUUGUUUAUUUUUCUUCUUGUGCUGAGUGUCACAUUAAUUACCACUUUCUGUGUUUAAAGUAAAUGUACUCGGCUGCAUGAUCAUGUGUGUCCUUUUUGCUUGAGCAAUA